UUAGUUACUAUGUUGGUGCAAGGGCAGGGAUUUCUUUUCACAGAAAGUUUGUUUACAAAGUUUCAUUAAAUGCCAACAAAGGAAACGUGUGAUAACUAUAUAUAAAUUACUGCUGCUUGAUACUCCGCCAGCAAUUUAUUACAUAGAAACAAAUGUUGUUCAAUCGUUUUUCUAAGACGACACGGACAUCACUUGUAUUUUUGUUUCAGCCGAAGUGGGUGUCCACCGCCCGCUCUCGCCGGCGAGAAGAGGAGAGUUUGACAAAUAGUGCGUGUCUAGCAGCAUCAGAGAACGGAAGUGAUCCAGAAUGCAACGCGCGCAGCCUCUGAUAAGCAAACAUGGCAACAUUUCCGUUGUAGACAUCCCUGUAAGAUAUUGUUUUACUUUGUUCAUUGCUACAUAAACGACCCUCAUUCAUUUCUGCUGCGCCACAUGCUGAUAAAUGACAAGCGGGCUUCGUACUACCGGGCGUUAAAAGUAGACACGGAAGUAUCGACGCUUCACAACUGCGUGAAAUAUUUGAGUAGCCAUGAAGGAGGUUCUGUCCCUGGUUCAGAGGAUCAGCGCGCACCCGGACUCCCGCUGCUGGUUCGUCUCCUGGAGCCCGAAUGGAGCUCUGCUGGCUUCAUGCGGGGGUGACAAGGCGAUCCGGAUAUGGGGGCGAGAGGGCGACUCUUGGAUCUGUAAGACCGUGUUGCAGGAUGGUCACCAGCGCACUGUGAGGAAGGUGGCCUGGUCUCCUUGUGGCAAUUAUCUGGCCUCUGCCAGUUUUGAUGCUACCACAUGCAUUUGGAAAAAAAAGAACAAUGACUUUGAGAGCUUGACCGUGUUGGAAGGACACGAAAACGAGGUCAAAUGCGUGGCUUGGGCUCCUUCAGGGAACCUCCUGGCCACCUGCAGCCGAGACAAGAGCGUCUGGGUUUGGGAAGUGGAUGAAGAUGAAGAAUAUGAGUGCGUUACUGUGUUGAACUCUCACACACAAGAUGUCAAGCAUGUUGCGUGGCACCCCAAGAAGGAGCUUCUGGCUUCAGCCAGCUAUGACAACAACAUCUGCAUUUACAAAGAGGAAGACGACGACUGGGAGUGCCAGGCCACCUUGCAGGGCCACACAUCCACCGUGUGGAGUUUGUGUUUCGAUGCUGCAGGGGAGAGGAUGGCCUCCUGCAGUGACGACCGCACCGUGAAGAUUUGGAAAGAGUAUCCCAGCGAGAAUGGGCAAGGGAACCUCUCCUGGAAGUGUGUUUGCACCCUGUCUGGGUACCACGGACGAACGGUGUAUGAUGUCGCCUGGUGUCAACUGACGGGCGCUCUGGCGACUGCCUGCGGUGACGACGCAGUGAGAGUUUUCAAGGAGGACGUGACGGCCAGUCCUGAUGAGCCAGUGUUUUCUCUCGUUGCCCAGGCGACCAAAGCUCACAACCAGGAUGCUAACUGUGUUUCCUGGAACCCAAAGGAGGCGGGCCUCCUAGCUUCCUGCAGCGACAACGGAGAGAUUGUAAUUUGGAGAUUCAAAGAAGAGGAAUUAGACUGAUUCUGUAGUUUUUGGACCUGAUUUUGUUGUUGACAGGUUGUUUUUUUUUUUUUUCUUUUUGCAAUUUCAGGUAAAUGUUUUGCGUUAUGAUGAGAAUAAUACUGCAAUGUGCUUUUGAGUCUGCAUUUUGGAAAUGGUUUCCUAUGAAAAUUGCUUUAAAGUUUUUUUUAUAAAUACAGAAUAUUAAACAUAA